CUCACGCAGUUAUGAUCAUUUCGCCAUCUGGUUUAUGCUUUUCACGAGCGAUCUGCGUCAUUCCUGGCAGGAAGUCACUCUAAGACACACAAGGAAAUCUGGUCAACUUUCAAAAUAUAAUCAGUUUUUCACAAUAAAAUACCGCUAUAGACAAAUAAGAUAAUAUUUAUGUAUAUAAACAGAGUGUAAAGAUAAAAAUACAGUCUCCCCCUAUUCGUGGGUGUUAGGCAUCGGAGACCUCCUCGAAUAAAGAGAAUGUUGGCGUUAUAGGAGAAGAGCAAGGUCUCUAAAUUUACUUGUGUUAAAACGUGAGGUUCCACUGUAAUCUGUCACCAUCCUUAACUUGCAGUAGUUGAGCAAUCACUUUAUUAUUUUUAUAUAUUCUUAUAUUAUUUUUCUAUUUUAGGUUGUAUGCAUCCUUUGAAAGUAUUGCAAAUCUAUUGCUAAAAAUAAAAAUGCAGACAAAAAUUUCAGACGGAUUUUACAAUACCGUGCCUUAAGAACCUACCCGAGUUUUACACAUAUACCCUUCAUGAAAGAGCAAUAGUUAAAAAGCACAUUUUUCACUAUAUGCAGUUAAUCACUAUAUACACAGAAUUAUCAUCAGGAUUUUCAUAUUUUGAGUAUCCAUAUUGAGUUGUAGCUCAUUUUUUUUUACUUUGGACACGCCUGUUUGUGUAGGAUCAAGUAUCAGGGAGGGUCUAUAACCGAAAAGACGACUCUCUGAAAGAUCUGAGAAAGAGCUUGACGCUUCUGUUUGGCACCAGAUUGAUCUACAAAAGUCAAGAUGCCAGAAACUGCAGAGGCUGUGUCAGCCACUCUGACCACCAACAGACAUUGCACCAUAGAAAUUACCAAUGUCAGCAGCAGCUACUGCCUCAUCAACCCCAAGGUCUACAUGUCGAGUGGGUUCUCUUACCAUCCACCCCAGCCCACGAUUCGAACCACAAUGACAGAAGUUUGCUCCUUCACCAAGGAUGACCACACCGCCACGGGCGCGGUCGGCCUGCUAACCUACGACAUGUUCCACAUGCCAACCCGAGUUAUCUCGCAACGCAUGGCCAUCAUGUUCUCCGUGCCUUUCGACUACAACCUGUACAAGAACCGGCUGGCUGUGGGUGUGGUGGACCACUCCACCGCCUGCGACAAACAUCUCUACGAGCGGAUGUACGACGGGAAAGAUCUCGGCAACUUCGCCCGCUCGGAGGCGAACGGGAGCGGGCUGGAACACCGAGCAGCAUCUGUUGAUCUGAGAGCGACCAUGUCUGCGGUUGGCAAAGCUAUCGUUAAAGUGGAGCUCUAUGAUAAAAUGCAUCAUUAAAACUUGUUCUUGAAUCCAAAGAGUGAAUAUUUCACGUGUGUCAAAGUCAAGGCCCAGGGGCCGGAUCCGGCCCUCUGGGUAAUUCCCUUCAGAUCAUUUUGUUUUGU